UGAAAUCAUUAUUACCCAGUUCGAGAGGUUCGUUAGUUCACAAGCAUAGUUCACUACGAAACGGUCGAUGUGUUGGAUUUGUGCGAAAUAAAAACUAAGUGCAGUUGAAUUAGUAUGUAAGCACACUUGGGACUAUGAUAUGAUGAAAAAGAGUAUUUACACUCUGCUGCUAUUAUUGGGCAGUGCCAGUGUUCCCGGCAGUGUGAAAUCUGAUGAAUUUGAUGAAUUUCACCGCGAUAAUGAUGAAAUUUCUUUAAUAAGCUGUACUCAUGAUGCUGCUCCUCGGUUUGGCAAGCGAAUUUGUGACUGUGGAUACCGAAACGAGCAAUACACCGUUCCGCAAUUUGAGGGAAGCACCACUGAAAUAGAAAUCGCCAACUGCAAAACUCUGCGAAUUCGACGAGAUACUUUUUCCGCACUAUUUCAACUGACAAAGUUAACUAUUGUGAACGUGGAAGAUCUUAUACUAGAAUCAAACUCACUGGACUUUUCACGUAACGAUCGAUCGGCACAACUGAAAAUUUUUCUCACUAACGAUGUGAUAGAAGAGGUUUCGUCACACCUAAUCAGUGGCCAUGUAGCAGAAGUUACAUUUCUCAGAUGCCGUAUAGGUGUUUUCCGCCCGUAUAGUAUCACAAGCAUUCGAGAGCAGUUGGAAAGUAUGAACAUUCUGAGAAGUUUUGUUAAUCGGAUAGAACGUCACGCAUUUAAACGUUUUGAUGUAAGUCAACUUACAAUAGAGGAAAGCAAGUUUAUAGCACCAAUCCCUUCGCAAAGUUUCUACGAAAUUGAAGUUAUUAAUCGAUUUGUGAUCAGUAAUUGUUCAUUUUAUGCUGUACUUCCAAGCGGUUUCGUGAUGAAAAAUGUUACUAAUUUCCUUUUAAGAUACAAUGAAUUUGAGAAAUUGUCUGGCGAUUCAAUGAAUAUGCAAAUAAGAAAUAGUAUACGGAUAGUAGGAAACUAUUUCAAUAAAAUUGACCCAGUGGCCUUUCGAAGCACAUCCUUAGACAGUUCCUAUUACAGUCGCCAUUCCGAAAAACCAACAUUAUUGUUCCACAAUAACAGAAUCAGCUAUCUGGAGGAUGCACGAUCUUUAAGUUUCUCGAACGAGUUCAACAUUGAAUUACGAGAAAUUUACAUUGAGCAAAACAUAGAUUGUGGGGAAACUUCUGCUCUCAAACAAACUAGUCUUUUAAUGAACCACUCAAAUUAUGUAUUUUUUGGUUCGAAGGGCUCAUUUCAAUCUCUAAACGACAUUCGUCAAAUUAGAUGCAUGGAGGAUAGUUUCUGGUUACAUCUAACAAUAGGUGUUAUUGUAUCCUCACUCGUGUUGGUAGUAGUCGCCCUACUCAUCUUUUGGUAUUGUGUUUCACAGAAGCGGAAAAAACGCCAACUAAACAUAGUGGUACCAGAACCCCGGACGUAUCGUGAAACUCAAAUUGUGAUGCAAAUUGAAAAUCAUGGACUGUUAAAAACAGAUUUAUGAUACUAGUGCUAAGAACUUGUUUUUAAAAGCAACAUGGACUAAGAUUUUAUGAAUGAAAAACAAAGGAAGUUAAA